AGCCAACGUGGCUCUUCGCGUUCGGGUUUUUAUAUAGAGAGAGUACGACAUUAAUUUGAAAGGCACAUCGUUGCACUUAAUUAUUCCAGUUUGCUUCUUAGCUACUAAACCACACAUAAAUAUUUGAGUUUGCUGAUUUGAAAGAUUUCUAAUUCAGAAGUACUCAAACGUGCGUAUCCGUCAGAUAGAACGUGAAGGGCACCCCGUCUUUUUUCAUUUUUGUCGCACACCGCAGCAUCUCAUUUCAUAGAACACCGAAGAAAGACUUCGUUACAUCGAUCUUUUUUUUUUGAAGCAUAAGGAUGACGUUCACCAUGGCACGCACGAUCCGCAGACGACAAGAUCUGCACAACACCCCCGCCUUCGAGCGGGAGAUGAACGACAUCGCUGCGGACGAGCUGUACGAGCAGCUCCUUCUCGGCAGCAUCCGCAGCGGCACCGAUCCCAAUGCGAAGGUGGUCGUCGAGGUCUACGAAGGCUACGUCGAACCGAGCUACGAUCCCGUCAAGGGAGCUGAGGUCGCAGCCGCCCACAGGGAGAUCAUUCGCGAGAUUUACAAGGAGCGCGAUGUGAUCAUUCGCACCCUGCGCUCCUCCGACGAGCAUCAACAGCUUUCCCCGUUUGAUCGCCUCCUGCGCGAGACAGAAUUCUACACCGGCGUGCGCGAGUGGAAAGGUGGCGCCGCACGCAGUGGGAAGCGCAGCCACCUCUACCGCCACGCCAGCAACGACAACGAGGAGGACUCCACCGGGUUCGACAUGAUGCACUUAACAGAGACGCCGUCGUACAUCCGAGGAAAGCUGCGGCCCUACCAGAUUGAAGGCGUCAACUGGCUGCUUGGCCUCUUCUCCCGCGGCGUGAACGGAAUUCUGGCGGAUGAGAUGGGCCUCGGUAAAACCUUUCAGACCAUCGCGGCGAUCGCCUAUCUCAAGUUCACGGUGGGGAUGCCGGGUCCGCACCUGGUAGUGUGUCCCAAGUCUGUCCUGGGCAACUGGUAUCGCGAGUUCAAGCAUUGGUGCCCCAGCCUCUCAGUUUACAAGUUCCACGCCUCUGGGGACCUGCGGCCCAGCCUGGUGAAGGCACACCUGCAACCACCCGACCACAUCAAAUACGACGUCAUCGUCACCACCUUCGAAAUGAUUCUGGAUGAGAUCAGCACCUUCAAGCGCGUUGCGUGGCAGUACCUAAUCGUGGACGAGGCGCAUAAGCUGAAGAACGAAGAAGGUCGUGCGCACACCGCGCUGGACUCGCUGCAGUCCUCGCAUCGGCUGAUCAUCACCGGCACGCCGCUGCAGAACAACCUGAAGGAGCUGUGGGCGCUGCUGCACUUCCUCGCCCCCCGGCUCUUCAACGACUCGGAGUCAUUUGAUGCGUGGUUCGACACCGCCUCCGGUCAUCAAGACGCGAGCGUCAUGUCCAACCUCCACAAGAUCCUCGCGCCGCUGAUGAUUCGACGGCUCAAGGCCGACGUCAGCACCGGCAUCCCGCCCAAGAAAGAAAUCUACGUCGCGUGUCAGCUUUCGAAGAAGCAGCGGGAGUGGUACAUGAACGUGCUGGCGAAGGACGCUGAGGUGCUGAACAAGGCCAGCGGCAGUGCAGCGUCGCUGACCAACGUGAUGAUGAAUCUGCGCAAGGUGAUCAACCACCCCUACCUGAUGGACGGCGGCGAGGAAGGCCCGCCCUUCAUCACAGACGAGAAGCUGAUUCGAACAAGUGGGAAGAUGAUUAUUCUGGACAAGCUGCUCCGCCGUCUCCGGUCGGAUAUAGCGGGCAAGCACAAGGUACUCAUCUUCUCGCAGUUUACGUCCAUGCUGAACAUCUUAGAGGACUACUGCAACAUGCGUGGCUUUCAGUACUGCCGCAUUGACGGUAACACAAGUGGCUACGACCGCGACUCGCAAAUGGCCUCCUUCAACUCGCCGAGCAGCGACUACUUCGUCUUUCUGCUCUCCACGCGCGCCGGGGGCCUCGGCAUCAAUCUGCAGGCCGCCAACCAUGUUGUCAUCUACGACUCCGACUGGAACCCGCAGAUGGACCUGCAGGCGCAGGACCGUGCCCACCGCAUUGGGCAGAGACGCAGCGUCCGCGUCUACCGCUUCGUGACGGACGGCACGGUGGAGGAGAAGAUCUACCGCCGUGCGCUUAAGAAACUGUACCUGGACGCUGUCGUGGUCCAGCAGGGCCGGCUGCAGUCCAAGACGACGAACCAAGCCUCCAAGGAGGAGCUGCUCUCCAUGAUCAAGUUUGGUGCUGCAGAGAUCUUUAAGACGCGGCACGAGGACGUGACCGAGGCUGACAUUGAUCGCCUGCUCGAUGAAGGCGAGGCGAUCUCCAACCAGCUGACGAACGAGGCACGGCAGCAGGUGCAGAUGUCGCUCGCUAGCUUUCAGCUCGGUGCGGAGGAGGCGAACAUCUACGACUUUGAGGGCGUGAGCUUCAAGACCGGCGCGGAGACGCGCAUCCUGCACAUAAAGCUGAAUGCCCCGGUGAGUCAGGCGGAACUGCAGGCGCAGUGCUCCCAGCACGGUGAAGUGAUCAAGACCGUCUUGCACCCAAACAUGAAGGAAGCCCUCGUGUACUUCCGCUCCACCAGCGGCGCGAUUGAGGCGAAAGCGAAGUUGCCCUACGUGUCCACCUUUGCCAGCCGGGACUCGCAGACGGUGGUGUCGAACGACAUGAUUGCGGAGUGCAUCGGCGUCGGCGAGCAGCUCGGCCGCGGCCACCGCGUCCGUGAGCCGGUGCAAUUCUUCUCCGAGGCGGACGUGGAGUCGAUGCAGACGAAGGCCUCCAAGGCUCCACCGCUGAAGCUGCCGAAGCCGCCCAAAUUUCACCCCUAUCAGCUCUACAACAUGAAGCGGCUUACCGAGCUGCACAACACCGAGGUCGCCCUCAUGGUGCGCAACUGGAAGCGCCGGUACGAGGAGAAGAAGGAGACGGCAGCGAAAAAAGACGCGGAGAACGAGGAAGGUGCGGACGAGGGCACGAAGGAGGAAGGUGAGGCGGAGGAGGAGGAGGACGAUGAGCUCCUCACGGAGGUAGAACAGGAGGAGCGGGAGCGGCUGCUCAGCGAGGGCUUUCCCAACUGGACCUUCUCCGAGUACCGCGCCGUCGUGGCGACCCUCACGAGCGGCAAAAUGGACCUCACGGAUUACCCGGCCAUCGCCGCGGCGGUGGCGGAUACCAAAACAGUCGGCGAGGUGCGCGAUUACGUCGUUGCCCUGCUCGAGCGCGGCGAACAGUGCAUCAAGAAGUUCGCCAACGUCGAGGCCCGCAUCCGCAAAGCCAAAGCGAAGCGAGAAGCGAAAGAGAACGUCUUCAAGGCGGCGAAGUGGAAGGUGGAGUCCUGUGAGGAUCCGGCGAAGGAACUCACCUUCAAGACUCGCGGCAACGUCAGCCUCGACCGGGAAAUUUUCCUCAUUGCGUACGACGCCGGGUUUAAGCAGGACAACACGAGCGAGCUGGUGCGCAGCAAGCCGCAGCACCGGUUCAACGUAUGGUACCAAUCCCGGCCGGAGAACUUCUUCGAGAGGCGCCUGCAUACGCUGAUGAAAUCCGUGCAGCGUGAGUGGGAGAAGCCGGCAGAUGAGGACGCGGGAAUGCCAGAGAACAGUCGCCGCCGCCUGGAAGUGUGA